AUGGAAGAAGUGGAACCUAUGGAAGAUAACGAUGACGAGUCGAUUACACCGUCUCAACUUGUCAAAGAAAUUACGAUUGCAUGGCAAAAUGAAAUUUGUGCACCACGACUAUUGCCACACAUGGAGACUAUUGUUGAUUUAAUGAUUGAUCAAUUAGAAUCCAUGGAAGAGAAUUUCAGUAGAUGCAAGGAUCAUACUUCGCUAAAAAUUAUUCUGCAUAAGAUGGAAGUGCAACGCUUGGCUUAUAUGAUCAAUGAAUAUAUUAGAGUACGAUUAAAAAAGAUCGAAAAGGAUGUUGAAGUACUGCAGAAUGAGGAUAUUGAGCGAGAAAAAACAAAUGCCCCACGUCUGCUUAGUACAGCCGAAAAAGUUUUUGCUGAACGUUAUGAGUUGAUGAAACGCCAUUUAAUGGAAACGAAUUUCCUGGAACGAAUACCGCCUGCAUUACAACGUCUUCCGACUGCUGCACUUGAUAUGUCCGCCGAACGGGUAAUUGUCGAAGUGACCAACGAUAAACAAGAACAGGCAGUGAUUCCCGAAAUGAGUGACUUGUUAUCAGAUCGAGCCAUUGAUCUGCCACCCGGUUCCAUCCAUUUUAUCCCGUACCCGUCAAUAGCUGAUCUUCUGGAAGCUAACAAAGUUCGCUUAUUGUAG